CGACCCAAACACUCUCACCACCGCACCCCAGCACCACACUACUCUUUCAUACACGGUCUCCGUCGCAAACCCCCAAUUGACUCCCGCCACCCCGCAACACACCGCGACCAUGGCUGAAGCCAGCGCUGCCGCGCAAGCCCCACCCACCUUCAAGCUCGUGCUCGUCGGAGAUGGUGGCACCGGCAAGACAACUUUCGUGAAGCGUCACAUCACCGGAGAGUUCGAGAAGAAGUACAUCGCAACUCUGGGUGUCGAGGUCCACCCUCUUGGAUUCACCACCAACCUGGGCGCUAUCCAGUUCGACGUCUGGGACACUGCCGGACAGGAGAAGUUCGGCGGUCUCCGUGAUGGCUACUACAUAAACGGCCAGUGCGGCAUCAUUAUGUUCGAUGUGACGUCGCGCAUCACAUACAAGAACGUUCCCAACUGGCACCGUGAUCUCGUCCGUGUCUGCGAGAACAUUCCCAUCGUGCUGUGCGGCAACAAGGUCGACGUGAAGGAGCGCAAAGUGAAGGCGAAGACCAUCACUUUCCACCGAAAGAAGAAUCUCCAGUACUACGAUAUCUCCGCCAAGUCCAACUACAACUUCGAGAAGCCGUUCUUGUGGCUUGCCAGGAAGCUUGUGGGCAACCAGACCUUGGAAUUCGUCGCUGCCCCCGCUCUUGCCCCCCCAGAAGUCCAGGUCGACCAGGCCGUUCUCGAGCAGUACCAGAAAGAGAUGCAGGACGCGGCUGAGAUGCCGCUCCCAGACGAAGAGGAUGGCGACUUGUAGAUAAGGGUCUACGUACGAAUUUCUAGCUGAUGACUGGGAAACUGGAUGGCGGUGCUGCCGUGUUGUUUAUGCUAUACAUCACGGAGGAAAUUAGGCAAGACAUUGAGGGCAGUUUGGAAGGGCUAGGGGCCUCUGGGGACGACUGCUGAUUAGGCCUCUACUUCUUCGGAGGAUCAGGCUUAUGAAAUGUUAGCUAGCGGCUCUACUAGACAGUUGCAUUAUGAAAUUAUUCCUUUGAGGGUGCUGAGG